AUGACAAAUGAAAACAAAAAGGAACAAGGCGAAAAGACUGACACGAAAAAAAAAGUUAAGAAAGGCAAAGAACUGUUGAAACAUCGAAUGAACGUGUGGGAAAUUCUUGCUAAUUCCAAUGCGACACCUAUACGGUGUCAUGGCGGCAUUGGGUACGCUUGUAGCUUCUGCGAGGACCAGUAUCCAGACCCUGCCAAUCUCAAAAAGCACACAAUCGUCUCCCACCCUAAUGUGACUAUAUUCAUGAAAGGGAUGGACUUGCACAGGUUUUACGUCAAGCUGGACAUAACCGACUUAAGAUGCAAAGUUUGCGAUAGCAGCAUCGACAACUUGGAGCAGCUCAUCGAUCAUUUGAGGAAUACGCACAACAAAAAUUUCCACACUGAUAUUAAAAACCAAAUAUUACCGUUUAAAUUUGACAGCGAGACUUUGCGCUGUUUUCUCUGCAGCAACAAGUUCAACAAAUUCAAAACUCUUCAAGAGCAUAUGAAUAUACACUAUCGUAAUUUCAUUUGUGAAGUGUGCGACGCCGGUUUCGUGACGCGUGGCAUUUUGUUCCAGCAUUCCGAGAGACAUAAGCUCGGAUCAUUCAAAUGCGACUUCUGCUCAAAGGAGUUCGACACGAUGCGGAAGAAAAAGUCCCACGAGAAGUGCAUUCACAUACACUCCAACAUGCUCAACAAAUGCGGUUACUGUAACGAAAAGUUUAGGGACUACCGGAAGAAGCAGAAACAUCUGGUGGAAACGCACGGUGUGCCAUCACAAACUCUGAAAUGUGACGCUUGUAAUAAGACGUUUGCCGGACAGAAGCAUCUAAGCGUUCACAUCAAGCGAGUACACUUGGUAGAACGCCGGCAUCGGUGCACGGAAUGUGAAAUGACGUUCUUCUCUUCAGGGGAAAUGAAGAUUCACAUGUUGAAGCAUACGGGUGUGCGCGAUUUCAAAUGUUCCGUCUGUCAUAAAUCGUAUGGGAGGAGGCGGACGUUGCAAGAACAUAUGCGCAUCCAUGCGGACGACAGACGGUUCAAGUGUAAUUCAAGAUCUAUAUUAGAAACAGAAGAAAGAAAAGAACGUGAUAGUAUUUUAAUUGAAACAAAAAAGAAUGUAGAAAAACAAGCUAUAAAAGAAUCGCUUGUUAAAAAGUGGAAAGAAAUUGAAAAGCAUCGAGCUAAUGUACACCAGAUUUUAAGUAAUUCCAACGCUACGCCGAUCAGAUGUCGAGGUAGCGUUGGUUACGCUUGUUGCUUCUGCAAUGGUCAAUAUCCUAAUCCAGCGGAUCUAAAACAGCACAGUAUAGAAAACCACGAGAAUAUCAACGAAACUAAAUACAUGAAACGCAAGGACAUGCACAAUUUCAACAUGAAAAUAGACAUCACAGGCUUAUGUUGUAAACUGUGCGAUAGAAAAAUUGAUACAAUUGAGCUGCUAUUGGAACAUUUAAAAAAAGUACACCAGAAAAAAGUGUUCACUGAUAUUAAGGUUCAACUGAUACCGUUUAAAUUUGAAAAUGAUAUCCUUAAGUGCUAUAUUUGUGGCAAAAUCUUUCCGAAAUUCCAAACUCUUCGACAGCAUAUGAACGAACACUACAGUAAUUAUAAAUGCAAUGAGUGCGAUGCGGGCUUCGUGUGUCAGUCUAUGCUUCACGAGCAUUCUCAGAUCCACAAACUAGGCACGUUCAAAUGUGAUAUCUGUCCGAAAGUUUUCAGUACGUUCCGAAAGAAAAGAAGCCACGAGAAGGGCGUUCAUUCGCAAGUCGAACUGAAAAAUAAAUGUCCGUACUGCGACGAAAAAUUUAAGUACUACAGGCAGAAGGAGAGGCAUAUGGCCGAAGCUCACGAGAAAGCCUUUCCGCCACUAAAAUGCAAAGCCUGUGAGAAGUCAUUUUAUACCCAAAGCAGUUUAAGCAUACACCUGAAAAGAUUGCACUUGGUUCACAGACCCCACAAAUGUCCGAACUGUGAUAAACAUUUCUAUUCUAUGGCAGAGGUCCGACUACACUUACCGACCCAUACCGGGCUUCGUACAUUCGAAUGCGACAUCUGUCGUAAAACGUUCGGCGUGAGAAAAACACUUAACGAACACAUGCGUAUACAUAUGAACGAUAAGCGACAUAAAUGUUUACCGCGUACCAAAAUCACUAAGCUCAUAAGUCGAACCGAAUCUGAAACAAAAUUCGCGGACGAGAAGAGCGAGUGCAAAAAAUCUUGUAGAAAAAGGAAAUCAUUAGAUGCUAAGAAAAAUUCUAAAAUGGAACCUGAUGAACCUCGAACAAAACACGGUGAAGAAUUAGAAAAACAUCGUACGAACGUGAGAGAAAUAUUGUUAUGGUCUAAUGCUACUCCAAUCAGAUGUAGAGGUGGCAUUGGUUACGCUUGCUGCUUCUGUAAUGAUCAAUAUCCAAACCCAAAUGAUUUGAAAAGACAUUCCUUAGAGGAACACGAUAGCAUUGUUAUAUCCACGUUUAUGAAAGGGAGAGAUAUGCACGGAUACUUCGUUAAGCUAGACAUAACGGCACUAACUUGCAAAAUUUGUAAUACAUCCAUCGACACAUUGGAACAAUUGAUGGAACAUCUAAAGAACGUGCACAAUAAAAAUGUUGAUCUGAGUAUAAAAAAUCACAUGAUACCGUUCAAGUUUGAAACAGAGAAUCUUCGUUGCUGCAUUUGCUUGAACGUUUUCCACAAAUUCCAUGCACUGCAGGUCCACAUGAACAACCAUUGCAGGAAUUACAUCUGCGAUAUCUGCGACGCGGGAUUUGUGAAUAGACAUAUGCUGCGAUGCCACAGUGACGGGCACAAGGUAGGGACUUUCGCCUGUGAACAGUGCUCCAAAGUGUUUAAAACAAUUCGCAUGAAGAAACUGCACGAACGGAUCGUCCAUAAUUCAAAUAUGCCGCACAAAUGUGGCUACUGCAGCGAACGGUUCAAGGAGAACUGGAAUAAGAAUGAACAUCUGGCUAGAGUACACGGAGUACGCGGCCCGGGAGUGAAAUGCCAAGCCUGCGAUAAAACAUUCGACACUCAGCAGAGAUGGUUGCUUCACAUGAAACGAGAUCACUUAAUGCAAAGGCAGCACAAGUGCAAUAGAUGUGUGGGAAGAGUAAUCAAAAUAGAAACAAGGCAUACAAAACCGGUGGAAUUGAAGUUUAUAUCAAAAAGUAAGACAACAGUGAGAAGUAACAGUGACCUCUCUGAGGCGAAGAAAAACCAGCACAAUUUGAGCAUCAUCCUACUGAAUUCAAACGCGAAUCCAAUCCGAUGCAAAGACAGCUUUGGAUAUGGCUGCGCUUUCUGUCCGAAACAAUUCCCACAGCCGACUAAUUUAAAGAAACACUUCUUAGAAGAACACAAUAGUGAUAGACUCAUCAAAUAUAUGUCGAGUAAGCUUUUUGAAAAUGUUGUUAAACUCGACAUCACGUACUUGUGCUGUGCGCUCUGUGAUACGGAUUUCUUACAACUCGACGAUUUCGUUCACCAUUUAAAAAACGGACACGACAAAGACCUUUACAUUGAUAUCAAAAGCCAAAUCCUGCCCUUCAGGUUCGAUACGCCGGAACUAAAAUGCGCUAUUUGUUCAACUGAAUUUGCUACAUUCAAACUGUUACAGGAACACAUGAAUACACAUUUUAGGAAUUAUCCCUGCGAAAUAUGUGGAGGAAGCUACGUGACAGAAAGACUACUGCAAGGCCAUGUUAAGCGUCACGGCAAUGGCGAAUACAAAUGCACCCAAUGCGAUAAAACUUUCACAAGCGAACACAAGCGACGCGAGCACGAGCACAGAACCCACCUUGGGUUUAACAAGCGAAAUAAAUGCCAGAUUUGCAACGAGAGGUUCCUUGAUUACUGGAAGAAAAUCGAUCACAUGGUGAAAGUACACGGUGCGCCACCAGUUGUACUCAAAUGUCAAGCCUGCGAGCGAACUUUUAAUAAUCAGAGGGCUUUGUCGAGACACAAGAAGAAGGACCAUUUACUGGAAAGGAGGCACAACUGUUCGGAGUGCGAGAUGAAAUUUUUCAGCAGCAGCUGUUUGCAAAAGCACAUGGCAAAGCACACGGGGCUGAGGGAAUAUAUGUGCGACGUGUGCCACAAGUCAUAUGGCAGGAAGAACACCUUGAGGGAGCACAUGCGGAUUCAUGCUGAUGAUCGUCGUUUCAAAUGCGAACAUUGCGGUCAAGGAUUUGUGCAGAAAUGCAGCUGGCGCGGCCACAUGCGCUCUAAACAUGGCGAGAAUGUUUAA